GGGUAGACACUUCUCAUACAAAAACUAGUCUCUAUAUGUAGCAAUUGAUAUACAACCUUAUCCCUUAAGUAAUAAAGUGCAUUUUGGAUUGAUUUCACUAUAGCAGGGGAACCCGCGGAUCAAUACCACCAUACUAAAAAUAAUUGUUAGUGUCCUUAUGUUGGUAGUAUUGUUAGUUUGACAAAUGAAAAAAAAUGUCUGUCAAUUGAGUUUGAGUUUUAAACCGGCGAAUUGAUUCGUGUGAAGUUAUUUUCUCAGAUUUGGUGCAAUAUUACUGUAAAUAAACUUUUCUGUCGUUUACGUUGAGUUGAUUAAGUUCCUCCGUAUCGGGCGUGAUAAAGUUUGCUGUUCAGUGUUAUGUUUUUUGUGAGAUAGAGACUCUUUUAAAUAAGCUGUGUUUCAACUUCUACAGAAGUUUAAACUCUUAUUUACUUUUCUGUUUAAUGGGUAUGUUAUCUACUUACUUGAAAUAUUAGAUCUAUUACAAAUCUAUUUUUCAUUAAAAACAACCCUAUGUGAUGAAAAUGUAAAUGUACUUUCAAAACUGGUAAAUGCAUGAACCAGGGCAUUGACACUGGUUGGAGAGAAAUUAUAGGCUUUGUUUAAUUAAUACCUAUUUCAUUUUAGGCUUCUACUGAUAAUGGAGAGUAGAAACAACAAGAAGUGCGUUAUUUGUAAUAAGAGGCGAAGUCGUGGUGGAUCACCCUUACUUUUGAGUAGGUUUCCUCUGGAUUCUGACCGUUGUCGAAUGUGGGUUAAAAAUGCUGGCAUAGAAGACUUAGCAUAUGUACCUAUUGAAAAGUUACACCAACUGAAGUUUGUUUGUGGUGGGCACUUCACUCCUGAAUCCUUCAAUGCCAAAGGAACUCGGCUGAAGAACUCAGCUAUUCCAACACUGGAAUUGAGCAAUCCCAUCUUGCCAGAUGAAGUUUUGACAGAGUUUCCUCUUCAUGUAAAAGACUCCAAUAAAGAAAACCUCAAGACAGUUCUUUAUGAUCAUUCAUAUUGCAUUCCAAAGAAGUCAAAUCCAGUUGAACGAGUUCCCCUUACAACUACAACCAAACAACUAAAUUCAACAUGUUUGGGAGCUGUGGAUAUACCAGAUUCUGGUAUUUCUGCGAAAACAACUUUUGAACCUCUUCCUUCUACUUCCAAUGCACCAGAACAUAUGACCUAUAAACCCAUUACUCAUGGUAAGUGUACAAACUAAUUAUUUACCUUCUAAAAUAUGCCUUCCCUCAAACUAAAGAAUGCCACCCUGGAUGCGUUCUGCAGUCUGCAGUCAGGUCAAAAUGAACUUAUAUGUACAACAUUCUAGGUUUCUGUACAUUUUAUAUUAAUGCGAUUUGACCGUGCGGAUACGAACAAAGAACGCAAAGCACACGUGACUGAUUGCCUUAUCACGACCACUUACAGAUUGUCUUGACAUACCCGCAGACCGCAUCCAGAA